AUGUCUAUGCUGGAAAGGGUGCAAGCCGAGCUUUGGUCGGCCGAGGAUGAGCAGAAGUUGAUCAAGGAGUGCCCAAACUUCGAGACCAGCCAGAAUGAGGACGAGCUCGAGGCCUGGAGACUGUUGAGCUACUUCUACGACGAUGCCAUACUUUCUGAUCUCUUCACCUACGGACUCAGGAUCGGCAGGCUCACAGCGACCAAGGGCAAAUUUAGCUUCUACCACGCUCUGUGCCAGGUUCUCGUGUACCCGCCCUUCACAGGCAGCCUGGACACCUUGCGGUUUGUCCUUCAGAUGAUUGUUUAUAUCAAGAUCGACGGCCACACCCGGCCAUUCGGCCCCGUCUCCCCACAUCCAAUGGCCAUGGAGACCUUCCACAACUUGCGAGCAAAAUAUAGUGGCAAAAGCCGAGACGACGGAACUCGAGAGGAUGAGGGCGCGGUGGCCCUUGCUCUCUGGAAAGACACCAACCCAACCAGUGACGACCACAUUUGCAACGUCCUCGCCAACCUGCACUUGGAAAUCGACCGCUGGAAGGAUAGUCAGCUCCGCACCCCCGUGUACUCCCAAAUCGAGCAGCAAGUUUUCGUGGUCGACACGGACGACCUCGUGCUUUUGGUCGCAGCCAUCCAGAAAACGUCGUCCAUGGAGUGCAACGUCUUGCUAGAUAAUGCGAGAGUCGUCCUGCCAGACGGCACGAACCCCUUCAGCUUUGGCCAUCUCGAGACCAUCAAGAACCAAUUUGCUGUGGAAAACGAGCGCAAAUAUCGCCUACGCAAGAAGCUACUCGUGGAGAGAGGCGAGGCGGCGGGACGCGACCUUCACGUCUUUGACAUACCCGGCGGAGAUCCGGACCCGGUGUACAUCUAUGCCAAAGACAUCGAGCCUGGCGAGCUUCGAGUGCUGGCAGGAGAGGUCAUGCCGUAUCGUUACCCGGUCUGCAGUAAACAUUACAGUAAACGCUAUGUCGAUACUUUGGCGGAUGUGGGUGCAUCGAGGAGGAUCAGCACCACCACGGUCACUCACUUCAGGAGGCAUUCAAGGGCACAGAGCCCCGACUUUGUUCCACGCAUCAGCAAUAAUGUAGAGAACCCGAUCGAGAUACAAGAUGAUGAUGAGUGA